AUGCUUAAGCUCAGCCUGAUUGCUUGGCUACUCUGCUCCCUGGCGUGGCGCACCACGCCCACCAGUUGCCAUCGGACACAACCGCCGCCGAGCGUGGAGGAGCUGCUGGCCAGUCGCCUGCACAGCUAUAUGGACCUGACGGCGCGCCCCUGCGAGAAUUUUUAUCAGUAUGCCUGCGGCAAUUGGCCACUGCAGCAGGUGGAGCAGCCAGCGGAGAUCCAGCAGAUGGCAGAGCAGCAGAUACAGUUACAUCAACGGGAGCAAAAGGAGCAGCUGCAGCCGAGCGACACGCUGGCCGUGCUGGAUUAUGCAUUGAAUCGCCAGUUGGAGCAAUUGCUGCGGCGUGGAGUCACCAAUGACAGCAGCACCGAGGACGAACAGCUCAUUAGCAUCCAGGAGAAAAUGCACAAUUAUUAUCGGGCCUGCAAGCGUCUGAAGCCGUAUAAUCUAAAGAAAUAUCUGCAGCUGUUGCCGCCAAGCAAUUGCACGGGCUGGCCGCUGCUGAGCCGGAAGUGGAGUCCGGAAACAUUUAGCUGGCUGGCGACCAUCGGACGACUGCGCUCAUAUGGGCUCAAUGGGGUGCUGCUAAAGGAGGAGGUGCUGCCACGCUGGGAUGACGCCAGCAGCUAUGCAAUUAAUUUGGAUAAGCCCAGCCAACAGGAGACCCUGCCAAUGGGCGAGGGCGCCAUCAUAGAGCUGCUGCUGGACAUUGGCCAAACGAAGCGCGAGGCCAAUGUGCUCGCCCGUCAAGUGGAUUUCUUUGAGCGGCAGCUGCAUCGCUUGCAGGACAUCGAGGACGACAUGGGCAACAUGGAAACUGAGCUGUGCUAUUUGGCCGAGAUCAUGCCGCAAUUGCAGUGGACGGCCUUCAUCCAAGAGCUGCCCAUAAAUGCAACUGGCAGUGAGCUCGAGCGUCCGCCAGCGCUCCUGAUACAAAAUGUGCCCUACAUGCGCGCCUUGGAUAAGUUCCUGAGGCGCCACAAGCCGGAAACCGUCUGCAACUACAUCAUGCUGAAGCUGCUCGCAUUCCUCAAGCAGCAGGGACCGGCGGAGAUCUCGCGCGUGGAGUGUGUGGCUAGCCUGAGGCGAGCCAUGCCAUUGGCUGCCAGCCUGCUGAUAGGCCAGAGAUUCCAUGAUCCCAACUCCGAGCCGCUGGUGAGCGAGAUCUUUGGACGGUUGAAGCGUCGUUUCGCCCAGCUGCUCAAUGAGAAUCGCUUGCAACUGAAGCAGCCAAUCCUGAGAGUUUUGCAAGAGAAGUUGGAGGCGAUGCGUUUGCAGCUGGGCUUCUUGCAGCUAAACGAGACCAGCUAUGUGGAGGACUACUAUGAGCCAGUGCAGAUGGGCGCCCAGAGAUUCUAUGAGAAUCAGCUGGCAUUGCUGCGGCUGCGCGUCGAGCGCAACCACGAGCUGCUCACCAUGGGCAAUCAGUACAAUGGGAAUAACGUGAGCUAUCUAGCCGAGCGCGAGCUAAGCAGCAGUCUGUCGCCGUUCUUUGAGUUGCCCAGGAAUCUGGUGCUGGUGCCAUACGGAUUCCUUCAGCUGCCCGUUUGGCAUCGCAACAUGAGCGAGCUGCAGCAGCAUGCGGUCCUGGGCUUCAUACUGGCCCACGAGAUCAUUCAUGGCUUCGAUAAUCAUGGCAUUCACUACGACAGUGUGGGCAAUCUUAUGGGUCCCAGCGAGGAGAUCUGGUCGAGUCCGCGCUACAAUCAGAGCAUCAAUUGCAUUGAGCAGCAUGUGGCCACCGGAUCCAAGUCACUCAGCGAAAAGAUGGCCGACUUCGAGGCAAUGCGCCUGGUCUAUGAGACCUACUUUGGUGAGAAGUUUUCGAUGGAUCGCAAAGAGCCACGGGAUCCGCUGCUGCCACAAUUCAGUCAACGCCAGCGAUUCUUCAUCAGCUUCGCGCAGUUUUUCUGCGGCAAGCAGCAGAGUCUGAAUGCCCAGCAUCUGGAGCACGCCGUGGAUGAGCUGCGGGUACUCCAAACCCUGGCCAAUUUCGAAGAAUUCUCCCGAGAAUUCGGCUGCGAGAAACGGACCAAGAUGCAAGCUAAGAAGAAGUGUAGGGUAUGGUAGAGUCGAAUAUUUAUUAAAGCUGUAGAUAUAUAAUUGGCACUAUCAAAUACAGGGGCAUUAUUUAAUUGAUCAUAUUUAA